UGUCGGUGGAUUUCCCGUAUUUCAGAGCUAUCUUCCUUGCUCCUUGUUCCUUAUCUAUUGAUUCUAGUCAGCGGACUCCUUUGCUCCACUCCUUGGUGCACACUCAUAUUCAAAGCUUGCUCUGAACCACACAAAUCCCCACCCAUGCAUAUUCUAGUUGUCAACGACGACGGGCCCCCUUCGCGGGAUACAUCCCCAUAUGUGCAUUCCCUGGUUCACGAACUCCAAACCCAAGGACACAUCGUGACUGUGGUCUUGCCAAACCAGCAACGUUCCUGGAUCGGGAAAGCCCACUUCGUCGGGGAGGUGGUCAAGGCGACGUAUCUCUCCCCUGGCGAACUGUUCCAGUUCGAAGGCACCAAGCACCAAAGCCCUCCAGGACUAUCCAAUGGCACCACCAACAGCAGCAGCAUUGGGGUGCAAAAUCAACGUCCAUGGAUGCUGGUCAAUUCGACCCCCGCUGGUUGUGUGCAGAUCGGGCUGCAUCACUAUCACUCUUACCAGCAGGAGGGCAAGCCCAUCCCAAUCGACCUGGUGGUAUCGGGCCCCAACCUUGGAGCGAACGCCACAGCUCUCUUUUCCCUCUCCAGUGGCACAAUCGGCGGGGCCAUGGAGGCUGUCCUGUGUGGAAAGAGGUCCAUUGCUUUAUCCUUUGAGCCCGCUACAAAACACGACGCCUGCAAUCCGGUGCAGAUUACAGAUGCAUCUAGGCAUGCCGUACGUCUGAUUGAGCAUUUGUACCGCAGCUGGGACCAAUGCGUUGAACUCUACUCCGUGAACAUACCGCUGCAAUCUGCUCCCAGCGGAGACAGGAAGGUCGUGUGUACUCGGAUCCGACCGAACCGUUGGCUGGCAGCCAGUCCGUUUCAAGUUGUUUUGCCGUCGGGUGAUGCAACUACGCAGAACGCGGAUUCGCCUCUGCUACUGCGAUGGGCGCCGGACCUAUCAGAUAUCCACGGUAGUAUGGACCGCACCUCGGAUGCAGAUGAUGAUUGGGCAGUGCGUGAAGGAAAGACCAGUGUGACUCCGUUGAAAGCGAACUUCAUGCAUGCUGCCCAGUGCGAAGGCGAGAUUCACCUAGGGUAAUUUUCUUCAAGGUCGCUAGAGUACUAGAUAUAAUAGCAUAGGACGGGGUGGAAGGUGGUGACUAUCGACUAUAUAUGCUAG